ACUGUUAGAACGACACAAUGAGUGGACGGGUUGGAGACUUGAGCCCACAGCAGGAUGAAAUCUUAACUGAGUUUCGGGGCAGGAUCCAGGACAUCCUCCCCAACCUGCCGGCGCAGCACGACCACUACCUCCUGCGCUGGCUCAGAGCCCGAAGCUUCAACGUGCAGAAAGCUGAGAUUAUGAUCAGAAAGCACGUGGAGUUCAGGAGGAAGAUGAAAGUAGACAGCAUCAUAUCUGACUGGAAACCUCCAGAGGUGAUUGAGAAGUACGUGUCUGGAGGGAUGUGUGGGUACGACAGAGAGGGAAGUCCGAUCUGGUACGAUGUGAUCGGUCCUCUGGACCCUAAAGGUCUCCUGCUGUCCGCCACCAAGCAGGACUUCCUGAAGACGAAGAUCAGACACACUGAGAUGCUGCAGAGGGAGUGUCGGAGGCAGUCUGAGAAGUUGGGGAAGAACAUUGAAGCCAUUACUCUGAUCUACGACUGUGAAGGACUCGGACUCAAACACAUUUGGAAACCUGCUAUUGAAGCUUAUGGAGAGAUCCUCACCAUGUUUGAAGAUAACUAUCCAGAGGGGCUGAAGAGAGUGUUUCUUAUCAAAGCUCCCAAGAUGUUUCCGAUGGCCUACAACCUCAUCAAACACUUCCUGUGUGAGGAAACGCGACGCAAGAUCAUCGUUAUAGGAAGUAACUGGCAGGAGGUGUUACGUAACCAUAUUGACCCGGAUCAGCUUCCUGUGGUGUACGGAGGAACCCUGACUGAUCCUGAUGGAGACCCUCGCUGCAGAACGAUGCUGAAGUACGGCGGUACAGUGCCCCGGUCGUACUACAUUCAGGACUCGGUGAAGGUUCAGUACAACAACAGUGUGACCAUCAGCCGCGGAUCGAUCUUCCAGCUGGAAUAUGAUGUUACAGCCCCCAGCAGCCUCUUGAGGUGGCAGUUUGCCAGCGAUGGCGCAGAUAUCGGAUUCGGAGUCUACAGACGGACCAAAGAGGGCGGAGGUCAGAAGGUGGCUGAGAUGCUGCAGGUUCUGCCCAGCGAACGCUACAAUGCACACCUGGUCCCCGAAGACAGCUGCCUCACCUGCCCCGAGGCCGGAGUCUACGUGCUGUGUUUCGACAACAGCUACAGCAUCCUUCAGUCCAAGAAGGUGAGCUACAACGUCGAGGUUCUUCCUCCGUCGGACGGACAGAUGCAGAGUCCACACAGCCGAGGAGACAGAAGGCUGCAGUGAGGAAGUCCUCCGAGUAUCAGACCCGGAUUUACCCCAGGGGCUAAAACGAGCAGUGAACACCCUCCAGUUCUCAGACUUAGUACUUUGUUUAUGGUCAUUUUAUUGAGAGUUGCACAGAUUUCUUGUUUACGUCAUGUUCAAGCAGAGGUUGUAGAAGUACACACAUUCUCUAUGCAAAUAAAAGCACAGAUGCUUGUUUACUCAAGUAAAACAAAAAUUACAGGUUACUCAGAGUGUAAAAGUACUCUGUUGGUGUCUCUGAAGGAUGUUUAUGUGCAGACUGAAACUACAAAUAGGGUUGAGUCUCCCUCUUUUUUGUCUUGUUACCAGUCCUAAUGUUAGGAAGACGUGCAAAGAUGCCAAACAAAUACAAAUAUAAGUUCUGCAAAAACAAGAAUUUAAAAAUGUUAAGUUACUCAUUUAUCUAGGAAAACCUGCAAUUUAAACACAAGAUAAACUGAAUCGAUCGAUUAGGGCCCUGUUAGUUCAGUUCAUGUUGUGCUAGUGGUGCAUACAGUAUUACCUAACUAAUCUGACACAACAUGGAUAGACCUUGUCCACCAACAAGGAACCGGCUCCGUGGGGAGAAGUGGGGGUAGUGACUAAUGCAGGGGUGGCAUGAAGUUCGGGUCUCAGCUUUAAGAAUUCCAGCACAGUUUCUGGACCCCAGUGUGCAGAAAUAUUCAAAUAUACUCGGAGAAAAUAACUUUUAUACCACAUGCAAAAGGCUACGCUGGAUUAGCAUAAAGUGUCUGCAAAGGGCAGACUCGUAGGAUCUCAUAGGACCCAUUUUCAUUCAGAUAUCUUGAGGUCAGAGGUCAAAGGAUCACUUUAAAAAUGCCCAUUCCAGUUUUUCCAUCGCCAAAAUGUG